GCCACAACUCCGAGAGGGGCAGCGUGUUGCAUGCACGGUGCUAGAGGCAAGGCGAGGCAGCCGCCCCCGACAGCAGGGGGCAGAUUACACCGGGCUCAGGCCCCACAGGGUGGAUGAAAGCCCGGCCACGGCCGGGGGCAGGACCCCGCUCCCUGCACGGGAAGGAGGCGGGACCCCCGGCAGGGAGCCGGGAAGGGGUGUAAAGCUCCCCGCGCAGCGUCGAUCUCCUCAGGGAGCGGCUCCGCCCGCAGGAGGACGAACCCCGCCCCAGGGCGGCCUUUGGCCUCCGGCAACGGCGGGUGCGGGCAGGCCCUGCGGCCUGGAAGGCGGCUCCUGAGCCCCGGGAGGGAGGGAGGGAGCGGGCGGGGUCGCAGUGACUGAGGCUCGGCUCGGCAAUCAUGGCGACCCGGCGGCUGCUGCUCCUCUCCCCUGCCUCCCGCCUCAGGAGGACGAAGGCCCUGGGCGCUCCGGCCGCCCCCGGGCUGCGGAGGGGCUACGGCAGCGCCGACUCCUCCCAGUACCUGCACCGCAGCAUCGUGCCCACCAUGCACUUCCAGAAAAGCCUGCCCAGGUUGCCAAUUCCCAAACUAGAAGAUACUGUUAGGAGGUACCUGAAUGCCCAAAAGCCUCUCUUAGAUGAUGAUCAAUUCAGGAAAACUGAAGAACUUGGUUGCAGCUUUGAACGUGGAAUUGGAAGAGAAUUGCAUGAGCUGCUGGUUACUCAAGACAAGCAGAACAAACAUACUAGUUACAUCUCAGGUCCCUGGUUUGAUAUGUAUCUAAGUUCACGUGAAUCUGUUGUUUUGAAUUUUAACCCAUUUAUGUCCUUCAACCCUGAUCCAAAAGCUGAAUAUAACGAUCAGCUCACACGAGCAACUAACAUGACUGUUUCUGCUUUACGUUUUUUGAAGACCCUCAGGGCUGGCUAUCUAGAGCCAGAGGUUUUUCACCUCAAUCCAGACAAAAGUGACACUCAGACCUUUAGGAGAUUAAUCCGAUUUGUACCUUCAUCUCUCUCAUGGUUUGGUGCCUACAUGGUCAAUGCAUACCCCUUAGAUAUGUCUCAGUACUUCCGGCUUUUCAAUUCCACACGAUUGCCUAAGCUCAGUCGAGACGAGCUUUUUACAGAUGAAAAAGCAAAGCACUUGUUGGUGCUCAGAAAUGGGAAUUUUUAUGCAUUUGAUGUCAUUGAUAGAGAUGGGAAUAUAGUGAAGCCUUCCGAAAUACAAGCACACCUGAAAUACAUACUUAGUGACAACAGUGCAGCCCCAGCCUUCCCUCUUGCAUAUUUACCCAGUGAAAACCGAGAUAUAUGGGCACUACUGAGACAGAAGCUACUUGAUAAUGGCAAUGAGGAAGUCCUCCAAAAAGUGGAUUCUGCUGUCUUCUGUCUAUGUUUAGAUGACUUCCCCAUUAAAGACCUUGUGCACUUGUCCCACACCAUGUUACAUGGAGAUGGUAUUAAUCGCUGGUAUGACAAAUCCUUUAACCUUAUCCUAACCAAAGAUGGCAAUGCGGCCAUUCAUUUUGAACAUUCCUGGGGAGAUGGUGUGGCUGUAUUAAGAUUUCAGAACGAAGUGUUUAAAGACAGCACCCAGAAGCCAGCUGUCACCCCACAAUCACAACCUGCUGCAGUUGACUCUUCGAGCACUGUGCAGAAACUCAGCUUUAACUUGAACGAUGCCUUAAAAGCAGGAAUUACCAAAGCCAAACAGAACUUUGAUGCCACUAUGGAAACCUUGACUCUUGAUUUUAUUCAGUUUAAGAAAGGAGGCAAGGAGUUUUUAAAGCAGAAGAAGAUAAGUCCUGAUGCUGUGGCUCAGCUUUCUUUCCAGAUGGCUUUCCUUCGGCAGUAUGGCCAGACUGUUGCCACAUAUGAGUCUUGCAGUACUGCAGCUUUCAAACACGGUCGCACAGAGACCAUCCGUCCUGCCUCCAUCUAUACAAAGAAGUGCACGGAAGCUUUCGUCAGGCAACCUUCCAAACACAGCACAGAGGAGCUUCAGCAGAUGAUUGCUGAGUGCUCAAAGUACCAUGGCCAAUUGACAAAAGAAGCUGCUAUGGGUCAAGGAUUUGAUCGGCAUUUGUUUAGUUUGCGUUAUUUGGCAGCAUCAAAAGGUAUCCCGUUACCUGACGUCUACCAGGACCAAGCGUAUGCUCAGCUUAAUCACAACAUUUUGUCCACAAGCACGUUGAGCAGCUCAGCUGUGAAUAUAGGAGGAUUUGCUCCAGUGGUGCCGGAUGGCUUUGGUGUAGCCUAUGGAGUACAUGAUGAUUGGAUUGGCUGCAAUACCUCCUCUUACCCAGCCAGGAAUGUGCACGAAUUCCUCCAGUGUGUGCAUAAGUCACUGGAAGAUAUUUUUCAUGUUUUAGAAGAACUCUCCAGACUUCUUGCAUGGCACGAGGAGUAUCUGUUGGAACCUUUCAGCCUAUUUGCCACGGUAUUGGGCUUGAGAUAGGAGAGGUUCCAGGAGCUUUCCAAUAGACACAGUAUUUCCUGAAGGACAGCAGCAACAUCUGCUAGAUUUAUUCAAGAUCUUGUAACUCUAGAGUCUCAUUAAUUUGAUGCCAAGAAUCUGAUGUGACACCCAAUGCAGCAGAGUUCAUACAAAAGACAUAAGAAUGUUGGUCCUCCAGAAGUGCCCCCUCCCUUCAACAGCUGAGAUUCUUAACAGUACUGUCAUUGGCCCUUGCUUUGGGGCUCUCUUUUGCAUUAGCUUCAGCAUAUCUAUUAAAGAAAAGUUUGUGGCUGCUCUAAGAGGGAAAGUAUCUCUGUGCCUCAACACCAUCCCGUCUAUUUUGAAAGCGCAAAAGACAAUUCUCUUCCUCGUUAAAUAGCAGUGGUUCCUUUCUCUGCUGCCAGCUUUUCAAAAUAGCACUAAAAGUAAAACUGAUGUUUUUUGUCCAUUUCACAGCUGUGUAAACAGUACCAAAACUUACUGGCAGAUGGUAUAUACUAAGUUGCAUGGUACUAGGACAGGGGUCAGGAACCUUUGAGAAGUGGUGUGCCAAGUCUUCAUUAAUUUAAGAUUUUGCAUGCCAGUAAUAAAUUUUACAUUUACAGGGGCCCCCAGACUAGCAGCAGGCUGAGCAGGGGCAGGGGCUGGCGGACUGAACCCCAGACCGGCAGCAUGCUGAGCCGCUCAGCCUGCUGCUGGUCUGGGGUUCAGUCCGCCAGCCCCUGCCAGCCAGGGUCCUGGCCACUGGCCCUGCUCAGCCUGCUGCUGGCCUGGGGUUCUAUCCAUCCAGGCUGGCAAUGGACUGAGUGGGGCUGGCAGCUGGGACCUUAGCUGGCAGCAGAGUGCCACUAAAAAUUGGCAUGCAUGCCGCAGGUUGCUGACCAGACUCAUGUCUAUCAAAAUUUAGCAGGGCUUUUUAUCCCUCUGCAGGCUGCUGCUAGAAGACAGGAUACUACAUCAUGUUCUGCACUUACUUUGCUGUUGAGACUUUGGUGAAUGAUGAUUUCCUGGGGCUGAAGCGUAUAUUUGGGUUUUGGGGAAAAACCUUACAGAACAGACCAGGAAAGAUGAGGGGUUUUUAGGAGUGGGGUAAGGUAUUAAUAAAUUCAAGUACUUGGCUGUUUCCUUUAAAUGAAGAUAUCAGCUCUAUUCAAGAGGGAAAAUAUUUGCAUGCUGAGUGAGGUAAAAAAUUGACUGUGUAAAGAUAGUUAAUGUUUUAGCUUAAUGUUUGUAAUUUACAUUUAUGUAUAAUUAAGUUGUUAUUUAACAUUUGAAAUACAAGUCAGGUAGCAGGAAAUGGUUAUUUCUCAGAAAGUAACAGCAGGUUUACUUGAACUAGCAGGAAACUAUUACAAGGAUGUACUUCUGGCUUCAAGCCCUAACAGCUGCAAUAUGUUAUGGUAUGCAUAUUACCUAAUAUGUCAAUGAUCAAGACAAAGUUAUUUAUAUAAUAGGGUAUUUUGCCAAUGAUAAAUCCUUCGACGUUGUCUUUAACCCUGAGG